AUGGGCAUCAAAACAGGAGUCUCUAGCCAGUUCUGGUGUCCCCUGAUUCAGUCCGUGCCCGCGCACAGACGAGCCGCGCCUGCUAGGAUGCACUUGGCGCCGGCCAUUCCGGUCGAGCCCGAGGGAGCGCCUGCGGGCCCAGGCCAAGAAGACCUCGUCACUGCGCUGGAGGACCGUGCGAGGGCGCGCCACAUGCGCAGUGGAAGCCUCAUGUCCCAGUUUAUGAGGUCAUUCGCUCAGAACAUGAAGUAUGCCGUUCUUCAAGACAGCAAGGGCGACAUGCCAGAGGAGGAAAGGCAGCGGCAGAUGCGAGCCAUUGAGGCUGCAAAGGCUCAGCAGGAGCAGCACGGAGGAUCCGGCUGGAGCGAGAGCCCCCGAGAACCGACUCACGACUUGGCUCUUCUCCAACACCGGCCCAGGAGGCAGCCGGCGGCCCUGCAGGCGACGAUUGCAUUCUUGGGCUAUGCUUCAAGUCUUGUCUUUACGAGUUUCAGCAUCUCCGACUUCAGUUUGGAUUGUCGGUGA